UGUGACCGGCAUAGAAACCACAAAAUAGUGGUCUCCAUGGUAGAGUUUACGUCCAGAUCAGCUCAACGAAAAUAUCGAAGACUUUACUCUUAUCUGGUUAGAUCAAAAUAUAGAUGAUUCAGUCGGCAGUAAACUUACGCAAUCAUUAUUAUGUGAACUAAAUGAAUAUGUUCGAUUUUAUACAGACAUUCAUUUGUGUAUUGAUUAUAUCAAAACGAUUAUUGAUGAAAAAGUUUUUCUAAUUGUUUCUGGUUCAUUAGCAAAAGACAUUCUUUCAGAAGUACAUUUAUUAUCAACAAUAAGUUCCGUAUUUAUAUUUUGUACGAAUCGACAACGAUACAUACAUCUAGGUAGCCAAUAUUCUAAAAUUCGAGCAAUAUGUGCCGAUCAACAAUCAUUGGUAGAUGCCAUAAAAAAAUCUGCUCGGAUAGUCACACGCCAUACCAUGGCUUUUGUUAUGUUUGAUGAUAAACAGCAACAAAAAACAGCUCAAGUAGUAUCGAAACGUGCUACUUCAUUUCUUUGGUAUCAAAUAUUUAUUGAUGUUUUAAAGAAAUUACCACAAAUGGAUCAAGCGAAAAAAGAUAUGCUUGAUAAAUGUGAAGAUUAUUAUCGUUUUAAUACACGUGAACUAAUCAAAAUUGAACAAUUUCGUACAAAUUACACGAUUCAUGAAGCUGUUCGAUGGUUUACAUUAGAUUCAUUUGUUUAUAGUCUUCUUAACCGGGCAUUAAGAACGGAAAAUAUCAACUUAUGUAAACAAUUGGAAUAUGAAAUGAUGUUUACAAAUGAAUUUAAUGAAUUAAAAGAAAAUAUUGGUAAUUCAAUAGCUACAAAUGGCUUUUUAUCAACAUCUCGCCUCUUAACAGUUGUCAUGCAAUUUAUAUUAGGAGCUACAGAUACCGACGAAUUAAAAGUAGUUCUAUUUGAAAUAGAAGUCAAUUGUCAAAAUGAAAGAAUUAUUUUUGCUGAUAUUGAUAAAUACAUUCAAUUACAAGCAACAGAUGAAUUAUCGAAUGUAAUAGAAGAAGCUUUAAAUUUAACAAUAAGAACAGAACAUAGAAGUCCUCCUAUUCUAUUUGGUAAUUUACUCAUGCAAGAAUUUAACCAUUUUGAUAUAGCUGAACAAUUUUUUCAAAUGUUAUUAAAAACAUUACCACAAAAUCAUGAAGACAUUUCUAAUGUUUAUCAUGCUAUAAGUGAUAUCUGUCGUCGAAAAGAAGAAUUUCGAAUAGCAUUGGAUAUGGCUUUGAAAGCUUAUAACUUACGACGAAAAGUUUCAGCUCAUAAUCGCAUAGAUCUAAAUGAAUCGCUGAAUACGAUAGCUAGCAUUUACUUGCAAACUGGGAAAUAUGAUCGUGCUAGAGAAUAUUAUCAAAAAUCACUAAUUCUUUGCGAUAAAAAUUGUCUAAAUGAUCAUUUGCUUAAAGUAAUAGCAUUGCAAGGACUUUGA